AUGGUUCCCCAACCUAUCGUUACUUCUGAUGAGAAAGAGCAAAUCAGGUUAUCUUCAUUAGAAUUACGAAUAACUGAAUUUGAAAAUACUUUCUUAAGAUCUGCUAAUGCUAGUUUAGAGAAACGAGUUGUAGAAUUGGAAAAUUCGUUAAAAGAAUCUACUAAAGAAUGUGUUAAAUUACGGGAAAUGAUUGCAAAUGGUCCGGUUCAUCGUAAAAAAUAUUUUGGAAAAAAUGGUUCUGGUGAACCAAAUUAUGUAAAACUCGUCGAAGAUAUGAAGUCAGAAGGUGUAAAGGCGGUCAACCUUAAAAUUCCUUCGGUAUCGAAUUUACCUAAAUUUCCUGCAAAACCAAGUCCUGCUAAUAAUAGUAGACCUGGAACUCCAAAAAAUCAAGUCCCCAUUGCUUCUUCACCAGCAAGAUCAAGGGCUUCAAGUGUAUCAAAUAAUACUUCAAGAUCAAGGGCUUCAAGUAUAUCAAAUAAUACUUCAAUUCCUUCUAGAUGUAAUACUCCUUCUAGUGGUAUAAAAAUACCUUCAACUGCUAUGAAUGCUUUGAAUGCUGUGAGUGCCGCAAAUGCUGCUGCUAGCAGUCCAAUAACAUCUACAAAGUCGCAAACUCCAUUAAAAGUUCAAAAUUUAUCAUCACCAAAUUCUCAUACUUCUUCUAGACCAACUACACCUUCUAAUCUUUCUAGACCAAUUACACCUUCUACUCUUUCUAUUGGUCAGAAUAAUUCUGUUAAUUCUGUAUCACAUUUAAAUUCAAAAAUGCCAUUACGAUCAAGAACUCCAAUUUGGCCAAGUUGUAGUAAUUCCUCAAGACCUAGCACUCCUAACAGUUCUAAUAUCAAUUCUAAUACUACAUCUGCUACAUCUGACGUUCUUAACACUCAUAAUAUCCCAAAUAUUUCUAUUACUCAAUCACCGUUGUGCAAUGAUAUUACUUCAAAUAUACCUGAUGUUAAUUCAUCGGUUCUUGCUGCUAAAUCUACUGGUAUCCCAAUGUACGCCCAAAUGACUCGUAAACAAGCAAUUGUUUAA